CCAAAAGCUCAUCACUGUCCUGCAGGAAGCUGCACCGUGGAAGGCAUCCUUCCCUACUUCAGAAAGGCCUGUGACAACCGACCCUUCUGCUUUUUGUAUGCCCAUACGGAGGUGGACCCCUGUCCGACAGUUUCCAAAUAUCUCCAGAUCGUCUACAGCUGUGAACAAAAAGUGUGUCUGUACGGUCUGGGCGUUGAGGAUGGAAACGUCACAGACUCGCAGCUCUCCGCCUCCUCCUCCAUUGGUCUCUUCACUCCCAACAAAGCCCGUUUGAAUGGAAAUUCCUGCUGGAUGCCUUCAGGAAAUCCAACCUCAAGCUGGAUCCAGGUAAACCUGGGCCAGCCUAGAAAAGUAACAGGGAUAGUAAUCCAGGGUUGUCCUCACAAUGACAACUGGCUCACAAAAGUUAAGGUCCAGCACAGUAUGGACGGAAGUACCUGGACUGAGUACACAGCUGAUGGGCAAUUUCUCCCAGGCUCAACAGACAGAAACACUCCCGAGACCCAGCUGCUGGGCACUCCUGUGUCAGCUCAGUACGUCCGCAUCCUCCCGCUGGAGUUCAGUGGUCAGGCAGGCCUUCGCUUUGACGUCCUAGGAUGUACCCCUGACUAUGCGAUUACAUGCGCUAACAUGCCCAACUUCAACCCUGCCAAUGAUCAAAUGACUGUCCAUUGUCCAACAGGCUGUGCCAGUGCUGAUUACAGAGUGUAUGGCACUUUGGUAUAUCGAGGGGACUCAAACAUCUGUGCAGCAGCUAUCCAUGCUGGAGUGAUACUAAAUGACAUAGGAGGAGACUGCACUCUGUUGAAAGCUGAUGGACAGGACUUCUAUGCCGGCUCCACCAGGAACGGCAUCACCUCGAGACAAUACGAUGGAAACUAUGCUGUAUCGUACACUUUUGCAGAUGGGGAGCUGAGGUGUUCAGGGCCUGACUGGCAUGAGUUUGGAGAGUAUUGCUACAAACCUUUCGGAGACAGAAAGACGUGGCAUGACGCCCGGCACACCUGCAGGAGGCUGGGUGCUGAACUCGUGUCCAUCCUCUCGAUGACGGAGCAGAGCUGGUUGGAAAGCUACCAGUAUAUGGCCACCAGUGACGUGUGGACUGGUCUGAAUGACCUGUUUCUGCCUGGCAUGUUCUCCUGGUCGGACGAACACAUGGUGACCUUCACCCACUGGGCUCCAGGGGAGCCCAACAACCACGAGCAGUCCAAUGAAAACUGUGUUGAGAUGGCACACCAGACUGGCCGAUGGAACGACGUGUCCUGUACAGAGCUCAAUACCUACAUAUGCAAAACACCCAAAGCACAUUACCCAUUGCCCUCUGUGAAACCCCCUGUAUACGGAUGCCCCCAGGGCUGGGAUGCAUACGGCUACUCCUGCUACUGGAUGGAGGAGACCGUCAGGAGCUGGUCUGAUGCUAAGGCCUUCUGUAAAGAGCAGGACGGCUUCCUGCUGCACAUUGGAGACAUAUAUGAGCAGGCGCAUUUUACAGUGGUGUUGUCAGGAAAGACCGGUCUGUGGUGGAUCGGCCUGCGUGCUCAUGGAGUGCCAGGUGGAGGAGUGGACUACAUCUGGGAAAGCGGCUCACCUCUCACCUUCACUUACUGGGACAGAGACCAGCCAGGUGCACACCCAACGCUAACCCUAAGAGGACAGGACAAUAUCUUCACAUUGGGAAAACACUGAUCUCCCUUUUUGUCUCUAGAUAGCGGGGAUGGUGCUUGCAUUGCUAUGACAACGGGUCAGAUUGGUGGUUUCUGGGAUGACAAGCAGUGCUCAGAGAAACAUGCCUUCAUCUGUGAGAAACCCAGGCCCGACGUUACCCCACCCACCAAGCCCCCAACUCCUCCUCCUGCACAGGGCUGCGCUGAUGGCUGGACGGCCCUGCCUCACUUCAGGAACUGUUACAGGGUAUAUAAGGCAGUAAAUUAAACAUCUAAAACCACGAGCCCCACUACUGAUUUAUUGGCUGAUUUAUUGCAGCUCUUCCACAAUGUGGACUGGUCCUUGAAGAAAAGCUGGGGAGCAGCACAUGAGGACUGUGUUGCCAGAGGAGCAAAUCUGGUCAGCAUCCACAAUCAGGAGGAGGAAGAGUUCCUGUCUCUGUACAGCAAAGCCAGCAGCAAGUGGAUCGGCCUCAAGCACAACCCCACAGAAGGAGGUUAUUCUUGGAGCGACGGCUCACCUCUGUCCCACACCAACUGGGGUCAAGGCGAACCGAACAACCACGAGGGCCGUGAAGAGUGUGUAGAGAUGGUGAGCGGCACCAAUGGGACCCACUCCUGGUGGAACGAUCUCAACUGUGAUGCCCACCAGGACUGGAUAUGCAUGAUCGCUAAAGGAAAGAUCCCCACCCUGCCGCCAGUGCCCCCACCCCCUGUCCCAGCCCCUGACUGCGGAACCAACGUCGGCUGGAGGAAGAACAACAACAUCUGUUACUACUACAAUGACACUGACGUAGUGGACUUCUACACGGCUGAGAGACGCUGCUACGCUGAGAAGGCCUCACUCGUCUCCAUCCUCAACAAAGACGAACAGGCAUAUGUUAACAGCAUGGUGGGGACAGGGCAGGUUGUUGCAGCCUGGAUCGGAAUGAGGAUGUUUGGUGUUGCAAGUGGAGAAUUCAUGUGGGUGGACCUUUCCCCUGUGACAUACACUCACUGGGCUCCAGGUGAGCCCAACGAUGCCAAUGGGGAGGAACAGUGUGUUCAGAUGAACAGACAUCAAGGUGGAUGGAACGAUGCCAACUGCGGUCGGGCUGGAGCAGGUUAUGUCUGCAAGAAGUUCCCCGGGGAUGUCCACACCCCGCCCCCGCCCACACAGCCCUGGGAGGGCAACUGCCCCGCAGGUUGGAUGCGUUUCAAGGAUAAGUGCUUCAUGUUCAAAGGGAAGAAAAAUGAUAUUAAAGCCAACUGGUCUUACGCUCGGAGUUGGUGCAAAGACCAAGGGGGAGAGUUGGCGGUUAUUGAUGACCAAUACGAGAAUGACUUUGUGUCCAGUUACCUGAGGGACCUGGAGCUCCCCACAUGGAUCGGUCUGUCAGAUCUCUUGGUAGAGAAUCAGUACGCCUGGAGUGAUGGGGUCAGCCCAGUGCUGUACACCAACUGGAAUGACAAGGAGCCCAACAAUGCAGGAGGAGCGGAACACUGUGUGGGAAUGACUCACAACCCGCUGGUGAGUGGCAAGUGGAACGAUGACGCCUGUCAUAAGGAUCAUAGCUUCGUCUGCUACAGGAAGAAAUCAAGCAGCAUCAACCCUCCACCGCCAACCGAGAGCCCCUGCCCGGCUGGCUACAUAUCCUGGUACCAGAACUGCUACAAGCUGGUGGAGGAGCCGGCGACCUGGGACGCGGCUCAGACGGCCUGCAAGCAGCAGGGAGGCAACCUGGCCAGCAUCGACAUGAGCUACGACCAGGCCUUCGUCGCAGGAGUGGUGCUGCAGGGCAGAGCUGACGCCUGGAUCGGACUCCGGCGCAAGGAUGAUGGCUCCUACACGUGGACUGAUGGCUGGCCAGUGUUUUUCACUCAGUGGGGACCAGGAGAGCCCAGCAACAUCAAGGACGAGGGUUGCGUGAGUAUGCACGCUUCACGUAUCAUCCAUGGGACCUGGAACGACACCAAGUGUGAUCAGGCUAAACCCUACAUUUGCAAGAUCUCCUCAGUGAAACCGCCGCCGACUCCCGCCCCUGGUGAUGGGAAGUGCCUGCCUCUCUGGAUCCCCUAUGGCCGCUACUGUUACUAUGUGUACAACAGUAAAGAGGGCUUCUCCUGGCCGGACUCGCGACACUACUGCCAGUCGGUCAGGGCAGAGCUGGUGUCCAUCCACAGCAGAGCGGAGGUGGAGUUCAUCAGGAACCUCAACUACACCAAACGUCACCACAUCUGGAUUGGACUCACCAGGGACCGCAACUUUGGCUGGGGCUGGACAGAUAAGACAUCUCUGGGCUUCCUAAACUGGGCUCCCGGUGAGCCCAAUACAGCCUUUCACCCCGGGGACGUGGAUGAGGAGGACUGUGUGGAGAUGUAUGAUGAUGGACGCUGGAAUGACAACAACUGCCUGCAGAAGAGAGGUUUUGCAUGCCGCCACCACCAGUACUAUACAACAGAUGAAGGCGGUAAUCCUAUUUUCCCCACAGAAGGUCCAGGUGUCAACCAUGGAGGGGUGAUAGCUGGUGCUGUCAUCGCAGCCAUCGUGAUUUUCAGCUUGAUCGCUGGACUCCUGUACUAUGUCUUCAGUGUCCGGGGUUAUAAACUGAGCGGCCUGAGCCUGCCCACAAGAACAACCAGUACGAUCGAUGUGCCCGCUUUCACCAACCCCAACUUCGCAGGAGAGUCAGACACAUAAACCCUCAUUCAAGUUUUAUACAAUUUAAUUU